GCAAAAAACAGCAGCGGCGGCCGUUGGGGGAAGAGAGUAAAUAGAGAGAGAGAAACCUCAAGAUGGCUGACUCGCUGGGCUCCGCUCACCUCACCGGAGCUGCUACUGCGGUAGCCCCGGCGGUCGCCUCCGUCAAAAGCCCGCUCGCCAAGCCGACGGAGCCGAAGGGAGCCCCUGACAACCGCUCCCAGUCUUCCCGGGAUUUCAACCCGCCGCCGCCCAAGAAGGUCCGAGUCGAGGAGAGGAGCGUUAAACCCAAAAAACUCAGUAGGGAAACAGCAGUGGGAGGCAACGGUAGCGGCAAAGAGAAACUCCAGCAGCCCACGAAGCAGCAGCAGAGUUACGGCAGCAGUACGGGCUUGUGGAGCUUCAGCCCGGUGAAGACGAGCAGCAGUGGCAGCAGCAGCAACCCUCCGGUGCCUGCUACCGGUGGAGCUCAAACACCGACAAACACGCAUAAAGUCUUCAAACAGAGCGACUUCUUCCUCCACAAAGCGCCUUCCUCCUCCAAACCCAAGAAACCGAGCAAAGAUAAACGGCGGGAGAAAGACAGGGAGAAGGGGAAAGGAGGCGGAGAGGAGAAAAAGAAACAUAAACUACUGGUGACCUCCGGACCCGGGAGUAACGUUACCAACAACGAUAUCAGCAGAAUUAGUAACACUUCUGCGGUGAGGAGAGAAAAUGGGGAGGUCAUGUUGCCACCUAAAGAGCACUCCGGCAAGGCGCAAGAGAGGGAGCGGGAGGAGAGGGAGAAGAAGAAGGUCAAAGACAGAGAGAGGGAGAAGGAGAAGAAGAAGCAUAAAGUGAUAAACGAGAUCAAGAGGGAGAACGGAGAAGUCAAGCAGCCCAUUAAAGAUGAAAAAGAGAAAGCCAAGAUCAACUCUGAGGAGCUGCAAAUCAAAAAAGUGAAGAAGAAAAAGAAGAAGAAACACAAAGAGGGGGAGAAGCACAAGCGAGUGAAGAUGUACCACCGCUCCUGCCAGACCAUUUGCGCCGGCCUUCUUCUGCUCCCUCCAUCCUCUCCACCUCCCACCUCCUCUCCCUCAUCCUCCAAUCCCUCUCACAACUCCUCCCUGUCUCCAUUCAAGUCCCCUCUACCUGUCUACCCUCCACCCAACAACAAAACUGCACAUCAUUUACCUUCCUCUCCUACUCUCACCCCCAAAUCUCUCUUAAACUGCACCACGCCUCAGCCUUCCCCAACCAAACUCUCGCCGCAGUGCAGCUAUCCCGGCAUGGCUGGCCUGGAGUUUGCUCCCUACAUCCAUAUAGAGCACCAGCCAAAUGGAGGGGCCCUGGUGGCCCAUGCCUACACGUCCCAGCUGUCCUCACUCUCCAUGGGCCAGAGGCAGAGAUUUGCCCAGGAGUUUGUCACCUUGGCUUUCAGCGAGGACUCGUCACAGGCAGCUCAUUACGUCAUGGGAAUCGUCCACGGAGAAGCCAGCUACCUGCCGGACUUCUUGGACUACUUCUCAACCAAGUUCCCAUCAGCUCCGGUCAAAAUGGAAAUACUGGGAAAGAAGGACAUCGAAACCACCACUAUGGUUAAUUUCUACUCUCAGGUGAAGAAAACGUACAGUAAUGGUACAUACAGAGCCGGGGCAAUGAGACAGAUCAGCCUGGUGGGAGCGGUGGACGAGGAGGUCGGGGAUUAUUUCCCAGAAUUCCUCGGCAUGCUGGAGGAGUCACCCUUCCUGAAGCGGACUCUCCCAUGGGGAACGCUCUCCAGUCUGAGGCAGAUGAAUCCCACAGAGAGCGACGAUGGUCCCAUAAUGUGGGUCAGACCAGGAGAACAGAUGAUACCUGUAGCUGAUAUACCAAAGUCCCCCUUUAAAAGAAAACGCUCCACCAACGAGGUGAAGAACCUGAUGCAGUCGCUGCCCAGGACCAGCGAGCCCAGAGAGAUGCUGUUUGAGGAUCGCACUCGGGCCCACGCCGAUCACAUCGGUCAGGGCUUUGAACGACAGACCACAGCAGCCGUGGGGGUGCUGAAGGCUGUGCGGGCCGAAGACAGCUCGGAGCCUCCUCGUGUAACCAAAGACGUUGUGUGUUUCCAUGCUGGUGAUUUCCCUCAAGUCGUUCAGAGGCUGCAGUUGGACCUGCAUGAACCUCCACUGUCUCAGUGUGUGCAGUGGGUGGACGACGCCAAAUUGAACCAGCUACGUCGCGAGGGCGUUCACUACGCCCGCAUCCGCCUGUGCCACAACGACAUCUAUUUCAUCCCUCGCAACGUGGUCCACCAGUUCAAGACCGUGUCGUCCGUCUGCAGCCUGGCAUGGCACGUCCGCCUGAGACAGUACCACCGUGGAGAGGGAGAGGAGGAGGAGGAAGAGGAGGAGGUUAACGUGAAGGAGGAGGAGCAGGAGGUUGAGUUGAAGGAGGAGAGGAAAGCAGUGGAGGAGAAAGAGGAGGAGAGGAGAGAAAAGAAAAAGGGUGAGAAAGGGUUGAAGGAGAGGAUAAAGGAGGAGGAGGAGGAUGUGGCAGAGAACAGGACGUUGCUGACUGUCAAAAAGGAGGAAGAGGAUCAACAUCCACCUCUCCUGUCUCAGCCUGCUCUCGCAGUGGACUCAAACAUGAGCGGCGCUAGAGACAAAGAGGUGGAGAAGGAGAGCAUGAAAGAUGGAGGAAAACCCAAGCGGCAGGAUUCACCUCCUGCUAAGGUGAAAGCAGAACUUCUUGCGCCUCCUCCCUGCAAGAAUAAAUCACCUUCACCUCUCUCUCCAACCCCUCAUCAUCCUCAUCAGGACACAAAACCCAAAGCAUCAAAGCACCUUCAUCAUCGCCACCAUCACCAUCAUUCAGAUAGCAGAAUGACAUCUUCCUCCUCUUCAGCUCCUAAAUCACCCGUCUCUAAAUCUUCCUCUUCUUCCGCUAUUCGCUCCUCUCACGCAGCUCCCAGUCCAUCUUCUACCACUUCUUCGUCUCCUGCUUUGUCCACAUCUUCCUCUGUGUCAACAACUGCUACAUCUACUGCUGCUCCCAAGCCUGCAGCGGACUUCUCCACGGUUUCUUCGACUUCCAAGCUGCCUUCCUCCUCUUCGUCAGACCAACUGAAAGACUCGCUUCGCCUGAAGUCAGACGUCCCUUCUGACACACGGACACAGGAGGUCGGAACGUCACACGCGUCACCUGGUGUGGAUGUACAAACCUCUGCAAGCUCACAAGCCGACACACGGACACACACAGUCGCUCGAACGGCGACGGACUCACGGACACACACACUCCAAGAGAGGUGGACUCACAGUGUGGACGCCAGGACGUCUGCAGAUCCACAGAUGCAUCUGCCGCAGGACAAUGUGAGGCAAGGACUUUACAUGCAGCAAUACACACCCCAGCAUCUCCCACCGCCGCCUCCUCACCUCCCUCCCAUGCUUCCCCCGUCUUUCUCCCCUCUCCUGCCACAUUCCCACCUCCCUCACAGACCACCGAUGCUCCCCCCGAAUCCACUCCCUUCUCAGCAGCCCCAACCUCUGAACUCUUAUCUCAGUCAGAAAGCACCGCCACACUCAGUCAACAUGCACCUGCACCACCAACCAAACAUCACCGCGCAGUCUCAGCCGUACUACCAGCCUCCGCUGAUCGCCGCCCCUCACCAACCAAACACUCCCCUCACCAGCUCCCAGUCGCUCCCCCCUCACCUGUCUCACCAUCAGUUCACCCCACACGCCAACACCUUCUUCCCCCCUCAGCAUCCCCACUUCUCUCCUCACCACUUCCUCCCACCUCAGUCUUACCUCCCUCAGCCACCCAGCUCUUACCCGCUACGACCACAAUACCAACCUCAGUCUUACCCUCACCCACCUCCUCCUCCUUCCUCCUCGCCGCCUCCCCCUCCGCCUUCUCUUCCACCUCCUCCUCCUCCUCAACCCUCCCCUUCUGUCCUCCUCUCUCCCCCGAAGCAUGAAGAGGAGCAGAAACAGAUUUUAUAGUAGUUUUGUACAUACUGAUGCUGUUUUUACAUGUAAGGUUUUAUUUCGGUUGUGUUGUAAAACGAUGUAUAAAGGAAAUAACGAGGCAGACGGUGUAUUGGUAUGAUCACAGUUUGGUAGUCUAUGAAGCAGAGUUGGACUUAACUCACCCCGACCUCUCCACUGGACUGGUUUAGAUUGUUCUGAACUCUUCGGUUGUACUCAGAAAUACUGAGAGUUGCAUUUGUCAGUAGUUUUGGCCUUCAGUCACGUACGGCUGCAUCAGUUUUGACUUUAAAGAUAUUAUUCAGGCUCGAGGUUUGAAUGAGCUCACUCGUCUGCCAAACUGCUGUCCGGUUCUCUUGUUUGAAGCGAGCCGUCAAAGGAAGGAAGGAAAGAUGGUAAAAUUCUGCUUUGAACGACUUUGUGUCAGAUAUUUAUAUAAAAAGGUCAUCGUGAUGACCUUUUUGUGAAACUUGCAGCUAAUGCUUCCAUUUUUGUGGCUUUUUUCCUAGUAUAUUUUUUGUGCCCAAGACUGUUUCCAGAAUAAUGAUGGGUCAAAUCACAUUUCCUCCUCUAUAUUGUACAGAUAAACCUUAGUCAAUACAGGAUGUCACAGUAUGUUUCCCUGAUAUUGUAUUUUGAGCAAUAAUGCUCUGCAAUAAUCCGCUGAAUAUUAGUACAAAUGUAUUUCCCAUCAUUGACACGGUGACUGCAAAUAUCAGUAUUUUUAUUCUGAUUUCAGAGCUAUUGAUAAAAGAUAGUAAUGUCCUGUUGAAUUAGCUCCAGUGUUUUAUUGUCCAGGAAGAAUAUUAGUGCAGUUUUAAGUGCCCCCCCCCCCAAUGGCAAUUAUAGUACGCUACAGAGUGUAGCAGCACCAUGAAGAGAGUCACAGUUUAAAGGAAUAGUUUGACAGUUUGGGAAAUGUAUUUAUUUUACGAGAGUUAGAUAAAAAGCUUGAGACCACUCCUGUAUGUGCGGUAAAUUGCUGGAGCCAGUAGUCGCUUAGCUUAGCUUAGCUUAGCUUAGCAUAAAGACUGGAAACACUGCAGUCUUGUCAACUCUACAAGUUACUGCUCCUGGUCAGGAAAUAGUCUGGCACAUAACCUGCUGGUGUUGUGGUUUUCUCCUUUCUGUAAAGUCUUCUCGAGCUUUGAAUUUAUAACCACCACUAAAAGAUUUGAACUUAACACCAUGACACAAACAAACAAACAAAACUCUAUUUCCUGAGUACAGUGUGUUUAAAUCUUUGGAUUUGCAGACAAGCAUGAUAAAGAUCUGAAAAAUCGAAGGCAUUUGAAGCUGUGCUCUUGACAGCUGCUGGAAAAAUCUAUCAACAAAAGGACGAACUUGGUCCACUCCAAACUGCAGGGCCGUGCCUGACCAAUUUGGCACCCUAGGCAAGAUAUUUGCUGCCUCACGCCAAAUUUUUCCUCCAACAUGAAUCCUGUCGGAUGUCACCUAAAUGGGAGUGACCCUUGUGCAGGUUGAAGUGAAGGGCUUUGAGAUUGCUUGGCCCAGACUGGAGAAGAACCUGCAGAUGGCACUACGUUGCUUCGGUGGCGUCUUAAGAUGAUGUUUAAAGGUGCAAGCUAUGUGAUCGAUUUCUUGUUCUCCUCGGUUCAUUCUCAGAAGAACAAGCUCAGCACAGCCCCAGAAUUCACACAAGUCCUUGAAAACGGCCUUGUCGAGGCUUUUAAAAGUUCCUGGGGAGAUAUCAAAAUCAGCUCCCUCAACCUCGGCCCAUAUCUUAUUGAAAAGGCGGUCAAUGGUGACAUAGAGGUCUUCACAUCUUUUGUUGACCUUAGCUUUGUUAAAGACCCUUGUAACCAACUUGUCAACAUGUAUUUGGACAGAGAGUUUGUUUGUCUCUGUCUCUAAAUCCUGGCCUGAUGGUAAAUGGAGCACCGGUUCAGCAACUGUCUCCGGUACUGUGACUGCGGGUGCUGGUGAGGUUGGCUCAGUGGCAUUUAAAGCCGUCAUGACAUUGUCACAAUGGAUGCCAGCCUGAUAUGUCAGCCACCACCUCAGCAGUACCUGGAAACGCCACACUGUCCUGGAAGUAGCUCUCCUGAUGUCGGCCAGUGUAUUUUUAAGUGGUCCAAGCCGACUAAAUGACUCUCGAGUCAUCCCCUCAAUAGUGUAAUCAGAAAGGAGACUCCCCAGUGCCUCUGUGAAAACUAGGUCUCUACCUUCAGCAAUAUGUUGCAGUUUUUUUUAACUGCAAGGCUUCAUCUCCAGCUGGCUGUUUCUCACCACCCUCUGGUCGGAGCAGUUCAGAGACAGAGUCAGCAAAGGAUUGCAGUGAUUCUCGGCUUUUCACUUUGCUGUUGGGCAAGAAUCUGCUCUUAAGAUUUCUUGCGGCACGAUGUAUCAACUGUUUAGCAUACUGUUUAACCAACAGAAGCGUUAUCUUGGGUCCUGGGCUUUUACUUGCCCUGACUGCUGCACCAGCAGACUCGCUGAUGUCACUCACGACACUAUCACUCUCCUGAUAGGUGUCACAUAGCAGCACAUCACGCUCAGCGUCAGAGGCAUCAUCCAAUAAAAUAUUUAGGACAUCUCCCAGCUCCUUUGACACUAUUUUCUGGGCUUGAGAUUUUUUACUUUCCGCGCUGUCCUCUGAUUGCCUUGAGUCAGUCUCAGGGCUUCUUACCUGUACAGAUGAUGAACUGAAGCGCUCAUCAUCAUCAUCAUCGUCCCCUCCCACACAUCGUUUGUGUGUGGGAGGGAGAUGCACUUGAGGCUGCAUCACUUGGUGCUGAGGUGGAUGAGGUGGCUGCAGUUACAUUAGUAGGCCCAGGAUUUGCAAAGGUGGGGGACAAAUACUUCAGAAGUGCAUCUAAAAAGAGGAGAUACAUAUAUUUGACAAACUGGGCUUUUGCAAUAUAUAUUAAUCAAAUAGCUGUUGAUUGUGAAACCAUCAUGGCAUAACCAUAAUGGCACCUAACAUUACAGCCUGCCUUGAUCUAAUGACAUUUUAAACACAGCAAACAGCCAAAAUAUAAAAAAUGCCAACUGUAACAUCACAAAUUGCACAAAUCUGAAAAUUGGAAAACAUAAAUAUACAGUAUAUGAAUAUAUGCCUGGUUGGUAAACAGUGAGGGGUUUAUGCAGCAGCACACUAAACAUUAAAAGAAAAGAUAGGCCAAUACAUUAAAUUAUGUUGCUUAUUCAUUCUUUCUUUCCAACUUUCUCUAAGAUAGGAGCAUCAUUAACUGACAUUAACUCUAGCUGAAUGCUGAAAGUAUUCCUAAAACAAAUGGCUAAUGAAGUCGCAGUAACAUUGACGUUACGUGGUAGUAGCCUAACCACUAAUCAUUAGCGGCUAAUGAGCUGAGUUUAGCUUGCAAGUGCUCAAGUGGACCGUGGCGGAAUUGAAGGAUGCCAGGCAGGCAGAACUUUAAAAUAGAAACAUUAUUUCAUUAUUAUUUGAAGACGUAUGGCUAUAUGUGCUGUUGUUGUUGUGUAGUGUAUUCUUGUCUAAUUUUUCGAAUAGAAUGGGGAAGAAAAACAACAACAACAACAACAAAAAACCCUCUGGCAUGCUGGCGCCUAUAGCAUUUGCCUAACCUGCCCUAUGGGCGGCACGGCCCCGGUCCCUAACCAGGUGUAAUUUUUACACUUGCGUGUUAGUUAGUGAGCUCUAAAGCUGCUGUCAGGUGGAUUUUUACUAGCUGGGGAUAAGCUAAGCUAACCUGCUGCUACUGAUAGCUUCAUAUUUACCAUACAUACAGGCAGAGUGGUAACAGUCUGGCUCUCUGAGAAACAACAAAGUGAAUAUUUCCCAAAAUGUCAAACAACUGUGUAAGUAUGGCGCUUAUCUUGUACCAGUAGCCUUCGACACCAGUGGCAGAGCUCUUAGUGUAACUUUGCUGUGUUUCUCAGCGUCUUUUGGAUGUGUACCAGGGUCUCCUAAUUUUGGAAACGGAGCACUUGACUGUUCAGCCAAGGACAAAUUCGACCCAGCCAAGGCUGCUACACAGACCGGCCUUCAGAGUCUCAGGAAUAAAAAUAUUCAGGACACAUCCACAAAUAUAUUGGUCUCCUAAAAACUAAAAAAACUAAAUUUUUGUUACCUUUUAAGGUAGUAGUUCAGGGUUCAAUCUGCAACAUGAUGUUAGUACCUAUGCAGCUACAUUAAGAGCUCGCCAUGACUAAACUUUUGAUCUCACAGCAUCUGGAUAAAAAUAACAAUGAGCAGAGCAAUAUCACACAGAUGCAGGAGGUCAAGACGUCCCAGAUGUGACUCAUUACAGCACUUUGUAACAUUAAUAUAUCAGCAGCUGUUUAAAUACAGUUGAUGUUAUUGGAGCCACUAAUUACGUCUGAUUAUCAACAGGGCAAUUUCAAGUUCUUCCAAGACGAUUACUUUAAAGUGACAGUUCACCCCAAAAUUAAAAGUACAUAUUUUUCCUCUUACCUGUAGUGCUGUUUAUUGUGAAUUCUAUGGAACUAGAUGGCACUCAGCUUGUGGUGCUCAAAGCUGCAAAAUAAUCCAUAGGUAAACUCAACAGCAAUGUCUCUUUCCAGAAAUUAUUAUUAUUAUUACUCAAGAUAAUCCACGAGUGAUCAGAUUUUGGAUAUUGGAUUGGAUCAAGCCCUGAAAAUGGGUUCAUGAGACCCUAAAAAAGAGGGUGGAUCACAGGGAGCACCACCAGUUGGUCCAGGAGCUUCUCCCCCAUGAUGGCUGUUUCCAGGCAUAUUUUAGGAUGACUCAGGGGCAGUUUGACAACCUGCUGUCUAUCGUCGGGCUGUAUCGCUCUGGGUAUCCAACAACCGCUACCACUGGUUUCUCCUCCAUUGUUUGCCAACUGUAAACUUGUUGUCAUGACCACCACUGAAGGCCUGCCUUCGACAAUGGGGAAAAAAAGAUGACAUGGAGCGUUUUUCUGCUCUGAGUUUAAGGUUUUUCAAUUCCAGGAGUUCAGAGUGCUCCGGCAAAAACCCCUGGUGCUUAGAGCCCAGAAAUGCAAGGCACAUCGCAACGCAAAGACAGCAAGCAAAAAGCUUCAUUCUCAUCAAAAACAACUACAAAGAGCCGCCUCCAGCUGCUAAAAUGCUUUCUCAGGGCCUCAAAGAUCUCUGUUAGAUUAUCUUUGGUCACACCUGUGGCAAUAAGUGGCAAUUGCAUGUUUUUUGGUAGCCUGCCUACAUUGCAAUAUCCAGUCCCAUGGAUAUCCGGAUUUGGUAAUCUUGAAAAGUCUGUAUCUGGAUCAGGAUGAUCUUAUCUUUUUGAUCCAAGCUUCAAAAGACUGGCACAAAAGUAAGAUGGAUCAGCUGAUCCUGCACAGCAAAACAUGGGAUUUCCAAAUCUGGAUUGUCCUUAUCUCUACUAAUUUAUUUUAACUGGACCCAGGUUGUGAUUUCUGGAAAGAGACAUUGCUGUUGAGAUUUUCAAAUGUAUUAUUUUGCUGCUUUGUGCACCACAAGCUGAGUGCCAUCUAGUUUCCUUAUAUUAGAGAGAAGGCAGACAACUCCAACACGUCAACUCAAGCUUAAACAAUGUAGAGCGAUAAACAGCACUACAGAUAAGAGGAAUUAUAUGAAUUUUGAUUUUGGGAUGAACUGUCCUUUUAAUAAUUCAGGCAUCACAACUCCUAUGAAAACUUUGUUUUUUAUUCUUAAUGGAAACAUGCUCCAGGACACAGAAGGUACACUGUCGAGAGUUCAUUCCCAGAGCACUAUUUAUCUAUUUAAUUGAAGUCCAGUUUCUCUGCAGUGUGUCUAUGAAAUGUUUUAUUUAUCAACCAGGGACUGGAGUGACCUCUUGUGUUUUAAAACCACAAUAAAUUAUUGACAUUCUGUUUUUUGCGACAACUAUGAAUAUGUUUCUCCAAGUGGUGAAUAUCUCAUUUUUAAAUCCAGACUCUUCUGUCUCACUUUGAUGUUGAAACUUGAUUUCUUCUUUGUCAUUGAUGUCUUGAUUUUACUAUCGAUAUUGGAGUACAGCCCACUUGCUAAUGUAGCCCACAACAUUUCCCCAGUGCCUGUCCUUAACUGUGAACUACUAAAUGGUCCCAAGCCGUGUAGAGACGGAGUUCUGUCCUUUCAUGGGAGUUUUUAGAAGCCUCAGUUUCAUGUUUUCACUGGAAAACUUAAAGAGCCUUAAAUUGGUCUCUAAAGCCGCUGAAAACUUUCCAAAUAUCUGUGGCACAAGUUGGGAUGAGUCAAACUCUGUGGCUUGGUGAGAUGAUGUCCUAAAAGCAGGGUUGUGUUUUUAAUGAUUAGUCUCACCGCAGGCCUGGAAAAUCCUGGAAUAUUAAACCUUGAGCUCUCUUAAAGACCUCAUUUCAGAGACAGAACUCUUGGCUCUGCGGCUUUGGGGAGAGUGAGGUGACGAUGAAGCACUUGAUGCCAGUUGCAAGGCGCUCUGCAGCUCUUUUUAUCUUUUUGGGUUUCAGAUGUUACCAAAAAAAACAAACAAACAAACAAACAAACAAAAAAAACCCACCCCUGACAGGAACUUCUAUAUUUUUUGUACAAAUGUUACGAAAUUAUGGUCGAAAACAAAACAAGUCUUCAGGGGCCUGGUGUUUGUUUUCAGAGUUUAUUUAUCUCAAAGUUUUUUGGUUUGUUUUUUCUAUUUUGUUUGUGUGAUUUUUAACUGUCAGCACUGUAGUGUACAUAAAAAGUUUUGUAAAGAGGAAAAAACUUGUAGUGUGGUUUCUACUUUAAAUAUGAGCCUGGCUAAUAAAAGGUUCAAUGUAAGGAAAA